AUGAGCCGUCACUUCUUCCGUCGCUUGUUGCCAAAGCCGGUAGCCAAUGAUGGAUCGCAAUUGCGCGAUCACCAGGCUAAUGAGCGGACAUUCCUUUCUUGGAACCGAAUGGGACUAGCUUUCGCCGCUAUGUCUCUUGCCCUCGCCCGACUCGACAUCAUUGACAACAUCUUCAAUCGCAAAUCCCGCGAGGAAGCUGUGAGCCCAUCAGUGCAAAGCGCUUCCUCUAGCGAGAAGCCGCGUUCAGGGACAGACCAAGGAUCGCCUUUUCUGAUUGGCAACUCAAGCGACCGCACAGCUAGCCGCGUUUGCCAGGCUAUCAGUAUCUGGUCAUUUGGGUAUUCUUUUGCUCGGUAUAUGUCUACCCGGCAGAAUUUGUUGCAAGGACGCUACGUCCCUGCAAUCUGGGGACCAUUGUUUAUAACAUGCGGCUCCCUCGGUGUUUUUGGAAUGACUCUCAAACUUCAGUCAGAUGAGGGUCUCGAAGAUGGUGCCUUGUAG